UAGCCGGCCGCCAGCAAAUUGCAGAGAAAAUUUGUUUAUGCUGUGAAAAUGCACAAUAAAUAAAUAAACAACAUGGAUACGCAAAUUAUAGAUGCCGUUAACGACUUCUUGAAAGUGGACUCCAUUGACGAGGCAUUUGUAAGCGUCAUUGUUUUCAAACCAGAAGAUGAUAAAGCGAGUAAAUUUACAGAAAACUUGGUUACUGCAUUUGGCAAUGUGGAGAACCGGGAUCAAGUGCUGCGUGCGUAUUUACUACGUGCCGCAGAAGCCCCAAGUUACCACAUGCAGGUGCUGAUGGGGGCACUGCCCAAAUUGGUGGAUGCACAUCUCAUAACAGCAAGAAUGCUCUGCGACAAGGUGUUGUUCUGUGAGAAACUCGAGUAUGAGCGAAAAACCUUUUGGAUUGAGAGUUUUCGGCUCAUCAAGAAAGUGAUUGCCCAUGUCGACUACAAGGGCGUGCGUGAGAUUAUGAAGGCGUGCCGGGACAAGGCUCAGUGGUUUCCACUCAACGUCAAUGUCACAUAUCUGCCUCAAUUGCUGGCCGUCGAGGAUAUUUUACGAUUCAUAUUCGAUCGCAACAAUUGCCUGCUGCCUGCUUACUUUAUAGCCAACGAGAUAAUGCGACCAUUUCCAUAUCACUGGAAACUGAACAAGGUGAUGACGGAUUUUGUUGAGGAAUUUCGGACGACAGCCCAAAUGGUUUCCAUCAUUGGCCAUGCAAAUAUGCUUCCCAUUGUCGAGCAUUUCGGUUAUGCGGAUCAUUUGAUGAACUCCUGGCGUCUGGAUCACAGCACAUUGAAGUUUAACUUCAAGGGCAGCCUGCCCUACGAGCCCGAACUGCUGGAGGAUCAGACGCCACUGCUUCGCUACGUGCUCGAGCAGCCCUAUUCCAGGGAAAUGGUUUCCGUCAUGCUGAAUUUGCAAAAGCAUCAGAAGCAACGCUACAAUGCGCUGGAGGAGCAGCUGGUUAAUCUGAUAAUACACGCUAUGGAAAUGACUGAAACUAAUGAUGCUACUGCUGGCAGUGGCUUCAAUGCCUCCGACGAACAAAUCACGCCCAACGAAUGGGUGUGGUUGCACCUAUCCUCACAAUUGAUAUACUUUGUGCUGUUUCAAUUUGUCAGCUUUAUGCACAUUGUUCUCGCUCUGCAUGAGAAGUUGUCUAAGCUGGAACUGCGCAAGGGUCGUGAUCAGCUGAUGUGGAUACUGCUGCAGUUCAUCUCUGGCAGCAUACAAAAGAAUCCCAUUACCAACUUUUUGCCAGUAUUUCGACUCUUUGAUCUGCUUUAUCCCGAGCAAGAGCCUCUUAAGCUGCCCGACUACAACAAAUCUUCCAUGGUGCGUCACAUGGCGCCCAUUUGCAUCUGGAUUCACCUUAUGAAAAAGGCGCGUCUAGAGAAUAUGAACAUAACUCGACCACUGCCCAUAGCAUUGAAGAAUCAUCACGACUUUCUGCAGCAUCUGGUCGCUCCAAAUAGCAUGAUGAACGUUACACUGGGCAACGAUUUCCGCAUCAUACUCAUCUGCAAUGCCUACUCGACGAAUCAGGAAUAUUUUGCAAGGCACAUGAAUAUAUUGUUGGAUGCAAUGAAUGGAAAUGCCAAGUCAGCGAAUGGCACACAGAUACCAGCAGUUACCUACUCUGUGGCAGUGCUCGACAGUCUCACGGUGCACAGCAAGAUGUCGCUAAUCCAUAGUUUUGUCACACAAAUGCUGAAGCAGGCGCAGAGCAAGACACUUGUUCCUGCUCCCGCACUCAUUGAAACCUAUGCGAGAUUGUUGGUCUACACCGAGAUUGAGUCGCUGGGCAUUAAAGGAUUUCUAACUCAACUGCUGCCUACGGUGUUUAAGAACCAUGCUUGGGCCAUGCUUCACACGCUAAUGGAAAUGUUCUCCUAUAGACUGCAUCAUGUGCCCACACACUAUCGCGUCCAGCUGCUGUCGCUGCUCUAUUCACUCUCCUCCGUGCCGCAGACCAACAAAAUGCAGUUGAAUCUAUGCUUUGAGUCGACUGCAUUGCGUUUAAUCACCAGCAUUGGCUCCGCGGAGUUUCAAUCGCAGUUUUCGCGCUACAUGAAUGAUAAGUCACCUGGCAGUGUGGCUUCCAAUGAGAGCGAGGAGUUGAAUCGCUUGCUCAUCCUAACACUGGCACGUUCUAUGCAUGUACAUGGCGGCGGGGAUGAGUUGGCUGGCUGGUGCAACGACUUCUUGUCCAACAUUAUGCAACAUACGCCGCAUUCGUGGCCAGUUCAGUCACUGAAUUGCUUUCCACCCGCAUUGAGCGAGUAUUUCACACAGAACAAUCAUCCGGCGGAGAACAAGCAGCAGCUGAAAAAAUCUGUUGAGGAGGAAUAUCGCAAUUGGAUAUCUAUGUCCAAUGAAAACGACAUCAUUGCUCACUUCAUAAGGCCCAAUACAAAUCCGCUGUUUCUGUGUCUGCUCUUUAAGAUUAUCUGGGAAACAGAAAGCAUCAGUCCAGUGGCAUACAAAAUUCUGGAGGGGAUCAGUGCACGCGCAUUGUCCACACAUCUGCGCAAGUUCUGCGAUUAUUUGGUGGCCGAAGUGGCCAGUUCCUCGGAUGGACGCGACUUUAUACACAAAUGUGUGGACACCAUCAAUAACAUGAUCUGGAAAUUCAAUGUGGUCACAAUAGAUCGCCUGGUGCUCUGCCUGGCACUGCGCACACAUGAGGGCAACGAGGCGCAGGUUUGCUUGAUAAUCAUUCAAUUGCUGCUGCUGAAAGCCUCCGAGUUGAGGAAUCGUGUGCUGGAAUUCUGCAAGGACAAUAACCCCGAUCACUGGAAGCAAUACAACUGGCAUGAGAAGCAUCUGUCUUUCCACCAAAAUUAUCCCGAGAAAUUCGCACCCGAUGAAUCUGCCUCCCAAAUUCCUUUGCCUGUUUACUUUAGCAAUGUUUGUCUACGUUUUCUGCCUGUUCUCGACGUGGUUGUGCAUCGUUUCAUUGAGCUGACCAUACCGAAUGUUCAUCAAAUUAUUGGUAUCAUACUGGAUCACCUCAGCAUACUCUACAAGUUUCAUGAUCGUCCUAUAACUUAUCUGUACAAUACUUUGCAUUAUUAUGAGCGUAUUCUAAGGGAUCGCCUGCCGCUGAAGAAGAAAUUGGUUAGCGCCAUUACAGGCGCUUUCAGUGAGAUCCGUCCAUCCAACUGGAGCGUCAGUGAGCCUUAUAAGGCUUAUCUACAAAGUCAGGAUGCAUUAUGGACGCCGGAGCUGAGCUACUACAUGAAUCUCAUAAGACGACUGGCAGACACAAUAAGUGGAAAGAACGUCUUCUACACCACCGACUGGCGAUUUAAUGAGUUUCCCAAUGCGCCAACUCAUGCACUCUAUGUGACCUGCGUGGAGCUGUUGGGAUUGCCAUUGGCGCCUUCUGUGGUUGCUGGCAACAUCAUCGAUGUGAUUGUCAAUGGAUACGCGGUCAUACCGCAAAAGGAGAUUCACAGUUACAUCAAUGCAGUGGGCAUUGUGUUGGCCGCAUUGCCGGAACCCUACUGGAGUGCCAUCUAUGAUCGUCUGCAGGAUAUGCUCAAUACACCCAACAUGCUCAACUGGACGUACCGUUUCAAUGCCUUUGAACUGUUCAACUUUAAGACUGUGCGGGAGGCAAUGCUGGAAAAGAGCUAUGCUGUCGUUUUGGCUGUGGCACAUGCUGUCUUCCAUCACAUGGGCGCCUUUAAGCUGGCAACCAUGACGCUGUACAUCAAGGAGAAGCUAAAGCCAUGUGUGCGCACCGAGCAUCAGUUGCUCUAUCUUUGCCAUGUCUUUGGACCCUUCCUGCAGCGCAUUGAGCAGGAGAAACCCAAUGCUGUGGCUGGCAUUGCCAUCUUCCUGUACGAAAUGCUGGAGACUGUGGACAAACAACAUGGACCCAAACCCCUCGAGUAUAUGGAUCAGAUAUGUGACUUUCUUUAUCACAUUAAGUACAUUCAUGUGGGCAAUAUUAUCAAAAACGAGUCGGAGGCGAUUAUCAAAAGGUUGCGACCGUUGCUGCAAAUGCGUUUGCGUUUUAUAACUCAUCUGAAUCUGGAGGACAUACACACGGAAAAGGGCGCUGAUGGCAAUGCGAAUAGCAGUGUAAAUACAACAAAUGCAAAUCAAAUGACACAGUCGCCACUGCAACAACAACAGCAGCAGCAGCAACAAGUACAACAGCAACAAGUGCAGCAGCAACAAGUGCAGCAGCAGCAAGUGCAGCAGCAGCAACAACAAACAGCAGGCUCUGCCUCGGGGUCAACAACAACAACAACAAGUUUGCCUCUAGGCAGCGGCGGCAAUUCUCAGCAGCAAAUGUACUUGCAACACAUGCAACAGCAGCAGCAACAACAACAACAACAACAACAGCAGCAGCAGCAGCAACAACAUAUGCAAAAUAUGGGAAUGCGUCACAACUGAUAAAUGAAAACUAGAUUUAGUUUAGCUAUAAGUAUUUGUAAUAGUAUUUAUUAGUUCAUAAAUGCAGUCGGGAAUUCACACACACUUUGUAAACGU